GCUCGCCCCGCUCUGCAGCCGGACGCUGCGGCCGCCUUAGCCUGCGCCGCCGCCAGUCCCUCCUCGUGCGCGUGUAGGCGCCGUGUCUGCCAGCAGCUGAGUCCUCGGCGCGGCGCACCCAGGUACCCGCCCUCGCGGCGCCCUGACAGGUGCCGAGUCCGCGCUGGACCCCACCUGCAGCGGCCGCCGCGAUGUCCCCCAUGCGGAGGACCGUGUCUGAGAUCCGCUCGCGCGCCGAGGGUUAUGAGAAGACAGAUGAUGUAUCAGAGAAGACCUCACUGGCUGACCAGGAGGAAAUAAGGACUAUAUUUAUCAACCAGCCUCAGUUAACAAAGUUCUGCAAUAACCAUGUGAGCACUGCAAAGUACAACAUAAUUACAUUCCUCCCAAGAUUUCUCUACUCUCAGUUCAGAAGAGCUGCUAAUUCAUUUUUUCUCUUUAUUGCACUGCUUCAGCAAAUACCUGAUGUGUCACCGACAGGUCGCUAUACGACACUGGUUCCUCUCUUAUUUAUUUUAGCUGUGGCAGCUAUCAAAGAGAUAAUAGAAGAUAUUAAACGACAUAAAGCGGAUAACGCAGUGAACAAGAAACAGACACAAGUUUUGAGAAAUGGUGCUUGGGAAAUUGUUCACUGGGAAAAGGUAAAUGUUGGAGAUAUAGUUAUAAUAAAAGGCAAAGAGUAUAUACCUGCUGACACUGUACUUCUCUCAUCAAGUGAGCCCCAGGCCAUGUGUUACAUUGAGACUUCCAACUUAGAUGGUGAAACAAACUUGAAAAUUAGACAGGGCUUACCAGCAACUUCAGACAUCAAAGACAUUGACAGCUUGAUGAGAAUUUCUGGCAGAAUCGAGUGUGAAAGUCCCAAUAGGCAUCUCUACGAUUUCGUGGGAAACAUAAGGCUCGAUGGACAUGGCACUGUUCCUCUGGGAGCUGAUCAGAUUCUUCUCCGAGGUGCUCAGUUGAGAAAUACUCAGUGGGUUCAUGGAAUAGUUGUCUACACUGGACAUGACACCAAGCUAAUGCAGAACUCAACAAGCCCACCGCUUAAGCUCUCCAAUGUGGAAAGGAUUACAAACGUACAAAUUUUGAUUUUAUUUUGUAUCUUAAUUGCCAUGUCACUUAUCUGUUCUGUGGGCUCAGCCAUUUGGAAUCGAAGGCACUCUGGAAGAGACUGGUAUCUCAAUCUAAGCUAUGGUGGCGCUAAUAAUUUUGGACUGAAUUUUUUGACCUUCAUCAUACUUUUCAACAAUCUCAUUCCUAUCAGUUUGUUGGUCACGUUAGAAGUGGUGAAAUUUACCCAGGCAUACUUCAUAAAUUGGGACCUGGACAUGCACUAUGAACCCACAGACACUGCUGCAAUGGCUCGGACAUCAAAUCUGAAUGAGGAGCUUGGUCAGGUUAAAUACAUAUUUUCUGACAAAACUGGUACCCUGACAUGCAAUGUAAUGCAGUUUAAGAAGUGCACCAUAGCAGGAGUUGCUUACGGGCAAAACUCACAGUUUGGAGAUGAAAAAACAUUUAGUGACCCAUCAUUGCUGGAAAAUCUCCAAAAUAAUCAUCCAACUGCGCCUAUCAUCUGUGAAUUUCUUACCAUGAUGGCGGUCUGCCACACAGCAGUGCCAGAGCGAGAAGGCGAGAAGGUCAUUUAUCAGGCUGCAUCGCCAGAUGAGGGAGCGCUGGUCAGAGCAGCCAAGCAGCUGAAUUUUGUUUUCACCGGAAGAACACCUGACUCGGUCAUUAUAGACUCUCUGGGACAGGAAGAAAGAUAUGAACUGCUCAAUGUCCUGGAGUUCACCAGUGCUAGGAAAAGAAUGUCAGUGAUUGUUCGUACUCCAUCUGGGAAGUUACGACUUUACUGCAAAGGAGCUGAUACUGUAAUUUAUGAACGACUUGCAGAAACUUCAAAAUACAAAGAAAUUACCCUAAAACAUUUGGAGCAGUUUGCUACAGAAGGUCUGAGGACGUUAUGUUUUGCUGUGGCUGAGAUUUCUGAGAGUGACUUCCAGGAGUGGCGAGCCGUCUACCAGCGAGCGUCCACCUCUGUGCAGAACAGGCUCCUCAAGCUCGAGGAGAGCUAUGAGCUCAUUGAGAAGAAUCUCCAGCUACUCGGAGCUACAGCAAUUGAGGAUAAAUUACAAGAUCAAGUGCCUGAAACCAUAGAAACUCUAAUGAAAGCAGACAUCAAAAUCUGGAUCCUGACAGGAGACAAACAAGAAACUGCCAUUAACAUCGGACACUCCUGCAAACUUUUGAAGAAGAACAUGGGAAUGAUAGUUAUAAAUGAAGGCUCUCUUGAUGGAACGAGAGAAACUCUCAGCCGGCACUGCACCAUCCUUGGGGAUGCUCUUCGGAAGGAGAAUGACUUUGCUCUUAUCAUCGAUGGGAAGACCCUCAAGUAUGCCUUAACCUUCGGAGUCCGGCAGUAUUUCAUGGAUUUAGCUUUGUCAUGCAGAGCUGUCAUUUGCUGCAGGGUUUCUCCUCUACAAAAGUCUGAAGUUGUUGAGAUGGUUAAGAAGCAAGUCAAAGUCAUAACGCUUGCCAUUGGCGAUGGAGCCAAUGACGUCAGCAUGAUCCAGACGGCCCACGUGGGUGUUGGCAUAAGCGGCAAUGAAGGCUUGCAGGCCGCCAAUUCUUCUGAUUAUUCCAUAGCUCAGUUCAAGUAUUUAAAGAAUUUAUUGAUGGUUCAUGGUGCCUGGAACUACAACAGAGUCUCAAAGUGCAUCCUGUACUGCUUCUACAAGAACAUAGUGCUUUAUAUUAUUGAGAUCUGGUUUGCCUUUGUUAAUGGCUUUUCUGGACAGAUCCUCUUUGAAAGAUGGUGCAUAGGUCUCUAUAAUGUGAUGUUUACAGCAAUGCCUCCCUUAACUCUUGGAAUAUUUGAGAGAUCAUGCAGAAAAGAGAAUAUGUUGAAGUACCCCGAAUUGUACAAAACAUCUCAGAGCGCUCUGGACUUCAACACCAAGGUUUUCUGGGUUCAUUGUUUAAAUGGCCUCUUCCACUCGGUUAUUCUGUUUUGGUUUCCACUGAAAGCCCUUCAGUAUGGUACUGUGUUUGGAAAUGGGAAAACCUCUGACUACCUGCUGCUGGGCAACUUCGUCUACACGUUUGUAGUGAUAACUGUGUGCUUGAAAGCUGGAUUGGAGACAUCGUACUGGACUUGGUUCAGCCACAUAGCCAUAUGGGGCAGCAUCGCCCUCUGGGUGGUGUUUUUUGGAAUCUACUCAUCUCUGUGGCCUGCUGUUCCAAUGGCCCCUGAUAUGUCAGGAGAGGCAGCCAUGUUAUUCAGCUCCGGAGUCUUUUGGACGGGCCUGCUGUUCAUUCCCGUGGCGUCUUUGCUGCUGGACGUUGCGUACAAAGUUAUCAAGAGGACAGCUUUUAAAACGUUAGUGGAUGAAGUUCAGGAGCUUGAGGCAAAAUCUCAAGACCCAGGAGCGGUUGUACUUGGGAAAAGCCUCACAGAGAGGGCGCAGCUCCUCAAGAACGUUUUCAAGAAGAACCAUGUGAACCUGUACCGCUCCGAAUCUUUGCAGCAGAACCUGCUCCAUGGGUAUGCUUUCUCUCAAGAUGAGAAUGGAAUUGUUUCCCAGUCUGAGGUGAUUAGAGCAUAUGAUACCACGAAGCAGAGGCCAGAGGAGUGGUGAUGGAAGGGACUGAGAGGCAGGCCCUCCUGUCUCUGAGGGGAGCUCCCGCAAUCUAAGGUCGUUGCCACAGUCUGCUGACCAAUUGCAGUCUGGUCCACGGAGAGGAAAGGUGGAUCUGAGCUCAUCUCCCAGGUGGACCUUCAGAUUUGUGUACAUUAGAGACAUAAGCACUGUGCAACCACACUGUAACACCAUCUCUCUCAGAUUCCUUAAAGUGUUUGCUAAGGCUUGGUGAAGAGAACUUGAAAAUGACCUUGUGUCUUGCCAGAGUGAUUUCUCAAGCUGAGGAGAGGUCCGUAGGCUUACACUGUUGAUGGGGGGACUGUCACUACCAGGUCAUCAGCUAUACCACAAGACGACCACCCAUGAAAAACUCUAAACUGGAGUUAAGUUAAAGGGACUCUUGCUAUCCAGACUUAGAUUUCAGGAUAUGCUGAAACCAGCAUUCUUAAAGAACUGACUCACCUUACUGAGCAUUUCUAAACAAGGCAUUAUUAAGUGUUUGUGUCAAAACCCGUCUUGAUAAAUGUUUGCCAAAGAAGUUCAGUAAGUGUGUUUCUCAUUCAGUAGUCAUUUGCCCAGAAAUUUUAAGAGAAAGUUUACUUCUAGUUCUCUGUAAGAUCUAUCUGCAUGCUUGACUUUUCAAAUGUGGGAGUGAUUUGCAAAAAUGAAUAUUUCAAGGCAUUUGCUACUAAAAUCUGUGAUGUUGCACCUUCAGCCUUACAAGUGCUUCUUUGUCUUAUUUAUUCAAGUUAAAGGCACAUGUGUUAAUGUGACUGUCAUAAUACUGAUUUUCAAACUUUCACCUACAUCUUAGUCAUCUCUGAUAGUUUCAUUAUCCUUUAAACUUUCUAAAAACCCAGCUUCUGCUGUGUCUAAAUGAUGUCACUUUUGUCUUAACGUUUCCCCUCUUAAGAAAAUUGUGCUUACGUAUUUAUGUGAGGUUUCCAAAGUUUCUAUCUAGAUGUUUGGAAUAAUAUGUCGGGUAAGUGCAUGGGCUUUUGUGAUGUACAUAGGCUCAGCUUUUGUCAUUGUUCUGGUUCUCACAGUUGGCUCCUACUAGAGAUGCCUGGUGACUUGCUCAGCAUACUCAGUGUUACGGUGGCUGGUGGCCGUCCCUUUGCUUAAGACUGGAAAUUAGUUCACAUUCACGUUCAUUUGUCCAGCAGUUCCUCAAAUUAGUCAUGUGCUGCUUACCAGGACAAAUAAAAAGGAUAUUUUCCCUAUUUUAAAAAUACCUAUUUUCCUCAAACCUGUUACUUUAUAGUCAACGAAUACCUUUCAUCAUCAGCAGGGUUUACUUACAUGGUUUGAAGCACAUUCAGCUUAAUAAUUUUCAGCAUUUCCAUGACAUCUAGAAAUGCCUAUUUUGCUACCAACAUACAGUAAAUGGUGAAGGGGCUAUUUAAAAACCACAAGUUUUCUAUACUAUUUUUAAAUAAGGCUUUCAUUUAAAAAGAAAAAUGAAAAGGAAUUCUAGCUUUGAGAUAUACUUCAAAGAUUGAAGCAAACUUUUUUGCCUUUUAUUCAAAAGCCUGUUUGCCUUUAAGUGGACUUACCAGCAAAGUAGGUAAAGCUUUAAGACAAAAAGUGAGAUGACUUUUCCAAAUUGCCCCUGGUUUAAUCAUUUCCCAAUCUUUUCUUCCUUUUUCUCAAUCUAAAUUUAAAAUUAAAUAUAUAGAGGGAUAGAUAUAAAUAUAUGUAAUUUCUUUGUAUAGGCAGCUGGGUACAAGUAUAAAUCCACAUUUUCUGCAAAUAAUGUGUAUAAUAAUACAUAUAAAUAAUUCUAAUCCAAAAAGAAAGAGAGUUUAUAUAUUUCACUUCUCAGACUCUUGCCAUUUGAGGUUCAGAGUAAGAAAAUCAUGAAUCAAAGCAUCCAGCAAGACCUCAGAUGUAGAGUCUAAGAUCAUCUUCAAAAUUCUGGAGUUGCACACUUUGUGUACUACGCGGGUCUUCAGAGGUUAUGCUCCUGGGCUGCCACGUGGUGUUAGUUGAGGUCAAACCACAAAAAAUCAGCAAGCAUGAAGUGCAUCCCUCCAGAUCUGCUUCCGUUUGCUUUUAUCACUUGCAUCCUUCUCCAAGUUGUUGAAGUGUUAUGAAUGAAAUAGAAUUGAAUUUCUGACUUAAAUAUGAAAAUAAGUUUUAUUUUCAUCUUGAAACAUGGACUGCUUUGACAGUGCUUUCACCAUGAAAAGAAUACUCAUAGUUAAGCACUGACCAACAUACUCUGGAACGUGACAGACUUAUGCCUGUUUGUCUGAUGAUCCAAUUUUUGCAUUAUAGACAUUAGGCCAGUUUUUGCUUACCAGGUGAAGGUAGGGCCUAUGGAGCAGGGAAUGACCACUUUGCUAAAACUUGAAAUACAGCGUUAUAAUUGCAGUGACUUUGCAGUUUUACUGAAAUUAGAGAAAGUGCUCUGAUUUUUAAUCUUCCUGAGUUGGGAGGAAUAAAAGAUACAUAGUUUUACCGGAAUGAAAAUGACCAAUCAGAGCAUCUUUUAUCAUGUAUUUUCUAAAAUGAAGAACACAUUCUCUUCAAUUAAAAGGUUCCUUGUGGGGCUGGGCAUGUAGCUCAGCAGCACAGCGCCUGACUGGCAAGUCUUGAGUUCAAUUCCUGGUACCAAAAAGAACAAAAAGUUCCUUGUAGGGACUCUGGCAAAUACUAACACAGUUGCUGUAUAAUGUUUACAAUUCAGAAACCACUCCUUAUAAUACAAAACCUUCAUUCCUUUAGCAUGGAAAUGCUGGGAGCUGCUCCUUUGAUGUUGAAUACUGCAUAGUGGUACUGAACAUGGACUUUCUAAACUUUUUAUAUAUUCAUAUAAGAAUAUAUCAGUGUCUCACACCCAGAAAGAUGCUAUAUUAUAGAGGUUUUUUUAGCAAGAAAUGAUGUUUCUCAGGAAUGAAGGAAAUUGAAAAUGUGCAGUCUGUUCCUUCCCUCCCUGUCCACGUAAUGCUCUUCUGUCCCACUGCACCGGAAGUGUCAGAAGUGUCUGGAACUCACUUGAAAAGCUCGUUUCUAGUGAGGUGCAUGUGUGGUCUGCUAAAUGAAGGUAGUCACUUUCAUGAACUGUGUGGUCAUUCAGUGGGCUCUAGGAGUCCUCUUAAUUUUCCAGGGUGGGGAGGAAGGAUGAAUUAUAGAAGUCAAUCUUCAUUUAUCUUCUUCACAAAUUUUUACAUUGUAAUUUUGUAAUUCAGCAUUCUGAAUAUCACCCAUGAGAGUCACAUGCUGAAUUCUUCCGCAUUGUGUGCACUGUAUGGUAUGUAAAAAGUGUUCUUUCAGAAAAGUAAAGGGAGGGCCAGGGAAAUGGCUCAGUAGAAUGAGCACUUGCCUGGCAUGCGCAAGGGCCUGAGUUCAACUCCCAGCUCCGCCAAAAAAAAAAAAAAAAAAGUGAAGGCUAGUCAGAAAGUAAUAGAUUAUAUAUUCGUAAUUUUUCAAUUACUUGCAUCAUAAGUAUUACAAAACCACAUAAUCGUUAGGGCUUGUUUUCAUGCAAUUGCCCUUUGAUAGUUCCUGGUUUUGAAACUUAUUUCAUUGACUAAAUCUUUAACCUUAUAAAUAAUCAUCUGAAAAAUGUUAUCAAGAAGAUUUCCAUCAUUUACAUCACAAUGAGUAGUUGUGGAAUUCUUUUGUGAAUUACUUAUGGGAACACCGUGCAGCUCAGUGCCUAAUAAAUGCUUUUUAAUGAUGAA